AUUGACAUCCGACUUCCCGGCUCUCAGGCUCUUCGGAUUCCGCAAGCGAUUAUUGACUUGAAAAUAGUCCCACCCAGUGAUCUGAGCGGUGCAUCCUGCGACGACGUAUCUGAGUCUAACUAACGGUACUGCGUAAGCUCACCGCAGUGCUGCUCGAUUGUGGCCCUGACUUCGUACUAUAUAAGCUCGGACCUCCAAGGAGAUCCGCAUUCAAUAUCCUAGACACCUUAUCUUAUCCUCAUACAAUUUCAGAACUUAGACUCAUCUCGCAAUGGCACCCAUCGCAGUCGCUUCUACCACUACCACUGAAUUCUUCACCGACCUCAAGACAUCCAUCGUCUCUCCACCUAAUACUCUCCACGACGUCAUCGCUCAAGCUGUCGACCGUUAUCCGUCCCACGAGCUUGGUUUCAUAACCUCCUCAGCACAUGACUCCUCCAUUCAGACAAAGACCUUCAGCACCUUCAACCAAUAUGCUCGCAACCUCGCACGUGCCAUGCUAGAGUGGGGCAAGCCCACGGGCUCAGUCGUCGUCGUGUACCUGACGGAGCACGAAGAUAAUAUGGCUGCUGUAUGGGCAUGUCUGCUGGCUGGCUAUGUGCCUUGCUUGCAGCCUGCACUUAGCGCGCAACAGGCGCACAAGGAGGGCCAUGUCGCCCACAUCAAGAACUUGUUUGGGUCUGCUAUUUGGUUGACAAAUGAACUUGGGGCCGAGCAGAUUAGCACCAUUUCUGGUCUGGAAGUACACUUGCUCUCCGGAUUAAAGGCGUCGGCGGAGACAUUCAACGUCUCAGCUGACUGGGUUGCAUACGAAGCCAAGGCAGACGACGAGGCGAUCCUGUUCUUGACCUCAGGGUCUACCGGAUUCUCCAAGGCUGUCGUGCACACGCACCGCACGAUUAUUGCUGCAUGCCGUGCAAAGGGCCAAAGUUACGGCCUGACUUCCGAAUCUCGAGUCUUGAACUGGGUCGGAUUUGAUCACGUCGCAGGAUCGUUGGAAAUGCACAUCACGCCUUUGCUAUACGGCGCUUCGCAACUCCACGUGCACGCGUCUGCUAUCCUUGCUGAUCCUCUUCGGCUGCUCCGUUUGAUUGACGAAGAGUCGAUCGAAUUGAGUUUUGCUCCGAACUUCUUGCUGUCCAAGCUUACGCGCGAUCUGGAAAAGCGCACCGACCUUUUCGGAACUUUCGACCUGUCUUCGAUCAAGCGAAUCAACAGCGGAGGUGAAGCUGUUGUUUCCAAGACCGCGAAGGCGUUCGCUGCUACCAUGAAGCAGCUUAGCAAGAACCCGUCCGCUGUAUCGUUCGAGAUCUCUCCUGGGUUUGGAAUGACAGAAACUUGUGCCGGAUGCAUUUACCAUCCCGUGGAUGUGCUCACAAGCGAGCCUGCUCACGAGUUCCUUGAUCUCGGGAGACCCAUCGAUGGUUGCGAGAUGCGUGUCGUUGACCCCGCAGACGGCUCGACCCUGCGCCCCGACGGGGAGAGCGGUGAGCUCCAGGUUCGCGGGCCGAUGGUCUUCGUACGCUACUACAACAACGCAGAGGCUACGGCCUCCAGCUUCGUCGAGGGGGGCUGGUACCGCACCGGCGACGUUGGCAUCAUCGAGAAUGGGAUCAUGCGCCUCAGCGGUCGUAUCAAGGACACCGUCAUCGUCCAUGGUGUUUCGUACGGCAUCCCUGAGCUCGAGACUCACCUCCAGACCGUUGAAGGAGUGACUCACUCGUUCCUCGCUGCAGCACCGUACCGUGCUCCUGGUCAGGAGACGGAAGGGUUCAUCAUUUUCUACUCGCCAACCUUCGACCUCGAUGGAGCAGACGCUUCGUCAAAGCUCUUCGCCACUCACCGGGCCCUUCGGGACAUCUGCGUGAAAAUGAUCACGCUGCCGCCUCAAUUAGUCGUUCCCAUCCCUGUGAACCAGAUGGAGAAGACCACUCUCGGUAAACUGUCUCGUGCGCGUUUGAUCAGUCUCUUCAAGCAAGGCCAGCUCGCGAAGCACAUCGCUCGCUCGGAAGAGCUUCUGAGCGAGGCACGUGGCGCUACGUUCGUCGCGCCAUCCACGGAGACGGAGAAGGCGCUUGCCAAGAUAUAUGCUGGGAUCUUCAACCUCGCGGAAAGCGAGAUGUCAGCCAGCGACAACUUCUUCGAACUCGGUGGUACCUCCAUUGAUGUUAUUAGGCUUAAGCGUGAGGGAGAGGCACAUUUCGACCUUCCUGAAAUCCCCACUAUCCAGAUCCUUAAGCACCCCGUCAUCUCGAGCCUCGCCAACUAUGUCGACUCCCUGCUCUCCAAGGACAGCCAGACUGAAGAGUACGACCCUAUCGUUCCUCUUCAGCUGACCGGAAACAAAACUCCGAUCUUCUUCGUUCACCCUGGUGUCGGAGAGGUCCUGAUUUUCGUCAACCUUGCCAAAUACUUCCAGAACGAGCGUCCCUUCUACGCCCUCCGUGCUCGUGGCUUCGAGCCCGGUCACCCCUUCUUCACCUCUAUGGACGAGAUGGUGUCGUGCUACGCUGCAGCAGUCAAGAAGACCCAAGCAACUGGGCCAUACGCCAUCGCGGGCUACAGUUACGGCGGUGUCGUCGCGUUCGAAGUUGCUAAGCGGCUCGAGGCGAUGGGCGAAGAAGUCAAAUUCGUCGGUCUCAUCAACAUUCCUCCUCAUAUCGCGGACCGCAUGCACGAGAUCGACUGGACGGGCGGCAUGCUCAACUUGUCGUACUUCCUCGGUCUCGUAUCGAAGCACGAUGCCAAUGAUCUCGCGCCUGCUCUGAGGCCGAUGACGAGGAAGGAGCAGCUCGAGGUUGUGUGGAAGCUGUCUCCCCCUGAUCGUCUCGUCGAGCUCCAGCUGACUCCUGAGAAACUUGACCACUGGGUGGACAUCGCCGGGUCCCUGAUCGAGUGCGGGAAGGACUACAACCCAUCAGGCUCAGUUUCUGCCACGGACGUUUUCUACGCUAUUCCUCUCCGCGGCAGCAAGUCAGACUGGCUCAACAACCAGCUCAAGCCAUGGUCUGGGUUCAGCCGUGGCGAGCCAUCAUAUACCGACGUGCCAGGGCAACACUACACUCUGAUGGACUUUGACCACGUCCCGCAGUUCCAGAAGAUCUUCCGGGGUCGUCUCGAGGCUCGUGGCCUGUAAAAGAUUUAGUAUCGAAUUAUGUUUAUAUCUGUCUUUUCGCCAGUAUCUAUUCGACUAUACUCGGAGUACAUGUGCUUAAUUCGUUGGAUU